UUGUACAAAAUUCCCGCCCUCCCAUAUUCUCAUGUCAAGAAAACAAACCCCCAAAUACCAAACGAACAUUACGAGAAAUCGAAAACCCUGACCACAAAAAUGCGAAAAUUGAAACCCUCAAAGUCCGAUGGCGACGAACUCGUUUCAUCAGAAGGGGGCGGAUCAGAAAAUCUUCAGACAGUGUCGAACUACGAAAUGCAGAGGUUGAAGACGAUUGAAGAGAACAAGAAAAGAAUGGAGGCUUGGGGCUGCGCAAAAUGGCAAAUUCCUUCAUGGGAUCUGUUCAUAAACCUCAUACAAACAAUAAUGAUAGAAAGGGAAAGAGAAAAAUCGACAACGAGGAUGACGAGUAUAAUCCAGCUCAAGACGAUGAGGGAACAAGUUCCUCAUCCGAAGAUAAUGAAAGUGAAGAAAAAUUCAGUUACGCCUAAAAAGCGGGGUGCAGUUCAAAAAACAACUCCCAGUUCGGAUUUCGUGGAGGAUGAUGAUGAAGCUCUGAUGCAGGCAAUUGCUCUUUCGCUACAAGAUACUACAAAUGCUGCAGCAAACGACAAAAGAAAAGAAAUUCCACGCAGCCAAAAUGAUUCAGGAAAGAUGAAGAGGAAAAAGCCGAUCGGCGGUCGAGUUAAAAUGACUGAGGAUGAAAUGCUGGUACACUUCUUUCAGUUUGAUGAAACUGGGAAAGGGGGCUUCACUCUCAGGGAUGUGCAGAGACUUGCCAUGGCCCAUGAUUUUACUUGGUCCGAAAAGGAGUUAGCAGAUAUGAUAUAUUGCUUUGAUACUGAUGGAGAUGGAAAGAUAAACUAUGAUGAUUUCCGCAAGAUUGUGAGUGGAUGCAACAUGCUAAAAGGUUCUGAUGUUGGUGAAACUAGUAAGUUGCUUCUCAGAAAAUGAAGAUUAGUUUGUGCAUGCUUAUAACACUUAUUUUUUUAUCAUUUGGAACUAAAUAUACAAGGAUGUUUUCCAGAAAUUUGAGGUUUUGCCAUUGAUUAAAAUUUUGAAGUGUUCCUCCAAACCAAAUUAAUAAAAAAACAAAUGUCAAGGGGGGUAUUUGCAAUGACACUGCUACGUAAUUUUAGCUACCACUAUGUAAGCUUUGUUUUACUCUAAUCCCUGUUCUGUUGCUGUUGCUGUAAAUCUGGUUAUACGCUCGAUUAACUGGGCCCUCAUUUGCUCCAGGU